CCUCAGCCGCCGACAGGCCAACACAGUACAUUGCUCCGACUCGCCGCUCAUGACCAGUGUGCUGACUUCGUCGUCUACCUCCCUCGACUGAUAGCUCUUAGACUGCGACGAGGUCUUUGGGAUUUUCGAUCCAACUGUCGUCGUCGACGCGUCAAACAGUUGUAUUCGAUCGUGGUCACGGUGGCAUACGUGUAGUAAGGCUUUGACGGUCUCAUAGCCCGCUACUCUGGAUUCACCAUGUCUCGCAGCGUAGACGAUCUGAGACCUGCUGCGAUGGACAUCCCGGGCGCACGUCACGCACAGGAAUUGGCCGACCAGCUGCACAUCAUCGUAGGAUCUCCCGAGCAGGUUGACGACGGCAACCUACGUUCCCGGCAAAUGCGCAGUCCUCCGUCGCUUGAUAUUCCUCCAAGACCUAGCAUUUUACGCAAUAUCUCAACUGCAACCCUCCCACCUACACGAGGGUCGGGUACGCACUCUCGUAUUCACGACCUUCACUCUGGUGCUAGCUCUGGCUCUACCCUAAAUCACUUCCAAUCACGAGAAUGGAGCGUCUUUGGCGAGUUGUUCGACGCGAAGGAUCGGCUGAGGACGCCUGCCCCACACAGCACAGAAGUUCGCUUGAGGAAUCAUAAGAGACGCCAUACCACGAACCCGACUGCUCCUUAUCCUCCGUCGCAAGAUCGAGAAUGCCCUUCCGACACGGUGCAAUCGCCAGUAGAAGAUCCUAAUCUCACAGAACCUUCAACAGAAAUGAACAGUACUUCUCACUCCUCGUCGACGCGCCCGCGGUGGCGUUGGCCAUCCCUUUCUGCGCUGCCACCUCUCUCGCCUCUCCAACGCAACAUCCUCAAAUGUUCUGUAGCUUACUUCGUGGCGUCUCUCUUCACGUUUUCGCCAUAUCUUUCGGGUUUCAUUGCCGACCUCACCAAUUAUGGCCCUGGCGAGUCCUUUCCCGCACCUUCUGGCCAUAUGGUCGCUACAGUUGCCGUUUACUAUAACCCCGCAAAGACACUGGGCGGCAUGAUCGAAGCAGAUAUGUACUGCAUGAUGGGACUUUUGUUCGCAGCGUUCGUAUCCCUGAGCAGCAUGACCAUGUUUUGGUUCUUCGAGGUCAGAGCCGGCUGGGAGUGGCUGGCAGAUGCCCUAGUGAUCUUGUGGAUUGGGACUGGAAUGUCUCUUGUUGCCUGGACGAAACUAUGGAUGGCGAAGCCAACUUUCAACACCGCAUGCAGUAUGACCGCCAUUAUUCUCUUCGUGGUAGUGAUCAAGGAAGGUGGCCUUCAGACCCUUCUCCAAGUCUCCUUCAUCAUCUUGUGUGGAGCGACAGUCUCAAAUCUCGUCUGCAUGCUUCUCUGGCCUCAACGGGCUACUAAGAAUCUGCAGAAAGCGAUGACUCAGACGCUGCAGUCAUUCUCCACCCUGCUGGAGAUGCUCACGGACACGUUCCUCCUCGAGGAUUCGCUACAGAACCUCACUGGCGACAAGCUGCGAAAGGCUGCGGAGAGCCACCAGGCGAGUUUCACGAGUCUGAAGAAGCAUUUCGACGAGGCGCAGUCGGAGUGGCUCAUCGGCGGCCCCAAGAAACCUCGCGGAGACAAGACGGACAACCUGCGUGAGAGCUCCGGCCAGGCGUACCAGGACGCGAUCGGAUGUCUCAACCGACUCGGCCAGCAUCUGAACGGCCUGCGGAGUGGCACGACCCUCCAGUACGAGCUGAUCAAAGCGGAGAAGGACGGGAAGCUCGUGUUGAGGAACCGGUAUCCCAAUACGUCUGGCGGUACAAUGCCCACGGGGGCUGCAUCGGACUCGUCGGCGACCAUCCGAGAGGACGAGGAUGCGGCUAUGUUGCAGGCUGCUGCUUCCAUGUUUGGAGAUCUCAUUGACGACCUCGGUCCCCCGUUGAAGGCGCUCUCUACAGCUUGCAUAACGACGCUUAAGAGGCUAAAAGACGGAUUUACCGCGCGUAAAGAUCCCGUAAACCGUAUGACCUCCGCGGAGUUCCAACAGCUUGCGGAUGCUGUUCGAAGGGCUCUCUUUACAUUCGAGAGCACGUCCAACCACGCCGUGGUUCGGAUGUACAGACGCCAGCAGAACAUGUCUGGUACACAGUCUCGGGACUCAUACGGCUCGGCGCUUUACGAGAACCAUGUCCUGAUGGACAAUGAUGGCGAGAGUGUCUUCCUGGUAUAUUUCUUCAUUUUCACCCUGCAAGAAUUCUCGAAGGAGCUCAUCGCUCUCGUCGAUGCACUGGAAAGACUAUAUGCGGCGGAACAUGAACGUGCCAGCCCGCGUAUGAAGUGGAAGUGGCUGCGAGAUGCUAUUAGUAUAUCUGGCCCGCGGCGUGCCUCUCAGAACAAACGCAAUGAAAGGAGCUUUAGCAAGCGAUUCUCUGUAUAUUUCAAUCCAGGUCCACGACGCGAUCCUGUAGCGUUCCCGAAGAUCCGACCCCAUGCCCCGAAUACUAUGCAGACCCCUGCACGAUCAAAUUUGUCACUGAUUGGUCGGUUGAAGCAAUCGCUGUGGGCGAUCGGCGCACGGUUAAGGGAACCUGACAUCAAGUAUGCUUUCAAGGCCGGAAUGGCUACCGCGAUGCUUGCCGCCCCUGCCUUUUUCGACUCUACACGGCCACUAUUCUUGCAUUAUCGCGGAGAAUGGGCCCUAAUCUCGUUCUUCGUCGUCAUAUCCCCAACCAUUGGAGCAACAAAUUUCAUGGGAGUGCACCGAGUGCUAGGCACGCUCUUCGGCGCAACAACUGCAGCUGGCAUCUGGACGCUUUUCCCGGAGAAUCCCUACGCCCUCUCGAUCUUCGGAUUCUUCUUCUCCAUCCCUUGCUUCUACUACAUCGUAGCCAAGCCACAAUAUGCGACAUCGUCCAGGUUUGUGUUGCUGACGUACAACCUGACGUGUUUGUAUUGCUACAACUUGCGGCGGAAGGAUGUUGAUGUCCUCGAAAUUGCUUACCAUCGCGCAGUCGCCGUCACAAUCGGAGUCAUCUGGGCAGCCAUUGUAUCGCGUUACUGGUGGCCGACGGAGGCACGACGCGCUCUGGGUAAAGCUCUUGGAGAGUUCUGCCUCAAUAUGGGAUGGUUAUACACCCGUUUGGUCGCCUUUAACUCGUUUGCCGAUGCCGACUUGCGAGCAAUGCAGGAUGAUGCCGACGAUGAAUCUGAAUCAUCGCCUUUCAUGCCGCAGUCGCGAAACGCACAUCUUACCAACUCCAUUCAUCACUUCAUGGCCAUGGAGCUGCAUCUGCAGAUCAAGCUGAUUGAAAUCCAAGGCUUGCUGGCUCAGACGCAACACGAGCCUCGUUGGAAGGGUCCAUUCCCGGUCACCUUGUAUCGGUCAAUCUUGACAAGUCUACAGAAAAUAUUGGAUCAAUUACACAGUAUGCGGUGUGUGACGGCGCGGGAGGAAUGGCAUACGACCGUCCGUCGCGACUUCAUCUUGCCCGUGAACAGGGAACGACGCGAGAUGGUUGGGAAUAUUAUUCUCUAUUUCUCGACCCUAUCCGCUGCGUUUGCCUUGAAAUCGCCCCUUCCUCCGUAUCUGCCUCCCGCCGAGGAGGCGCGACUACGUCUGGUCGAUGCGAUCAGGAAGCUCGACGUUGUCCGCAAUCGAGACGUACGGGGGUCGAGGCAGCUCCUCUUCUUCGCCUACGCGCUCACCAUGAAAGGCGUCAUACAAGAGCUCAACUUCCUCGGGCAUACCCUGCAAGAUGUCUUCGGUGUAAUCGGACAGUCGCGGGAAGAGUUCGAAGCUUUGUUCAACGUCAUCGAUGCGCCCAGCGACGUCUAACAUGUUUACUGCUGCGUCGUACUGAUUCCAACCGAU